AUGAGUGAUUUAUUGAAAAUUUUCUUGAUGAUUCAACUGUUUGGUUUUUGCUUUACAAUGCCAGUGAGUGAAGAAAGUUACGAUAGUGCUUAUGAUCAGGAACUUGCCGGAUGGAUUCCUGUCAUUAACAAAGCUGGGAUAACUGGCUAUUACCCAAUAAGCGCAAGUCUGGUCAAUCGUAUUCAUCCAUCUUAUAAUGAAAGAAUCAAAACAUGGCAAGUUGUUCCGUCAAAACGGAAUUCAGAAUUAAUCAACUCACUUCUGGGCUUACCAAAAAAUAUGGAUGCGGCUGGAAAGUGAAAUUCUAUAAAGUGAAACAUCUAAAAGCCUCAAAAUUAUGAUAAAAAAUCUAAUCAAAAACAAAAUGAGAAUACAUAAAAACGAGUGUCCAUAUUAAUUGAUUUUGUAAAUUAUUUUUUAAUUGAAAACGAUAAAGAAAUUUAUGUUGUGUACCAUUUCACGUUUGAUUCCAAAAUAAAUUUUGCAAACUUUUUGAAAUAAAA